AAUAUCUUAUUUAUGGCUCAGUUUCAUACAAAACUGAUGAAUUGUUACAAAAAGUCCAUCAGAAUUCAAUAAUAUUUUAAAGUGUUCCUCUUAUUAAACUCAAGCAUAGAACUAUGCUCUAUUUGUUUUUAAUUGCUUUUCUUUUCUGUCUCUCUUUUGUUAAGGUCCAUCAUGAGUGACAAAUGGGACUCAAACCCUUCCAAAAACUGGGAUCACAUCUGGAGUGUCAAUGACACACAGCAUCAUCUGGUCUCAGAUAUUAACAUUACCUAUGUGAACUACUAUCUUCGCCACCCUCAGGUGGCAGCAAUCUUCAUUAUUUCCUACUUUCUAAUCUUCUUCUUGUGCAUGGUGGGAAACAUCAUGGUUUGCUUUAUUGUUGCAAGGAACAAACAUAUACACACAGUCACUAAUCUCUUCAUUUUAAACCUGGCAAUAAGUGAUUUAUUAGUUGGCAUAUUCUGCAUGCCUGUAACACUGCUGGACAAUACUAUAACAGGAUGGCCAUUUGGAAGUGCAAUGUGCAAGAUCAGUGGAUUGAUCCAGGGAAUAUCAGUCGCGGCUUCAGUCUUUACUUUAUUUGCAAUAUCAGUGGAUAGAUUCCGGUGUGUGGUCUACCCUUUUAAACCAAAGCUCACUAUCAAGACAGCCUCUGUCGUUGUUGUGAUCAUCUGGGUCCUGGCCAUCACCAUCAUGUCACCAUCUGCAGCAAUGUUACACACACAAGAAGAAAAGUUUUACCAUGUGAGACUUGACUCACAGAAUAAAACCACCCCAGUCUAGUGGUGCUGGGAAGACUGGCCAAGUCAGGAAAUGAGGAAGAUCUACACCACCGUGCUGUUCACCACUGUCUACGUGGCUCCACUGUCCCUCAUUGUCGUCAUGUAUGGAAGGAUUGGGAUUUCACUAUUCAAGACCACAGUGCCCCACACAGGCAAGCGGAACCAGGAGCACUGGCACAUGGUGUCUAAGAAGAAGCAGAAGAUCAUUAAGAUGCUCCUGACAGUGGCUCUACUUUUCAUGCUCUCCUGGCUGCCCCUGUGGACUCUGAUGAUGCUCUCAGACUAUGCUGACCUUUCAUCAAAUGAGCUGCAGGUUAUUAACAUCUACAUCUACCCUUUUGCGCACUGGAUGGCCUUCUGAAACACCAGUGUCAACCCCGUCAUUUAUGGUUUCUUCAACGAGAAUUUUCGCCAUGGCUUCCAAGAUGCUUUCCAGCUCCAGAUCUGCCAAAACAGACCAAACCUCAAGGAAGCCUGUGCUCUAAAAGCUAAAAACAACAUGGUCAUAAACAGAUCCAGUCAGCUUGCCCAGCAGCCUGCACUGCAAAACCCACAUGGAGAAAAUACACUAUAUAGAAAUAGCACUAAAAACACCAAGCAGGAAUUAAUGAGGGAAGACUUGAGAGAAGCUACUGAUGAGAAUGAGAUUUGAAAAGACACAGUGUGAUGAUCCUAUCCCUUCUGGGGGUUGUGUGUUUAAUUACCAUAGCUUUCUGUGGCUUUGUACUUCAAUUCGUUCCAGUGUUCUACAGAAACCAUUUACUGAAAGCCCUCUCUGGCAAAAAUUUAAAUAAUAAACAAAUCUGGUUUCAUCAUCA